AUGCAGCCUCCAAGCUGUGAGCUUCACCGUUCCAACCUGCUCGUCCACGCGCAGCCACACCUACCGUCGAACGUCAGACCGGAACGGCGGAGCCACCCAACAACAGCGACCGCGGUGACCGGAAAACGACCGGAGCAACGAGGGAGCCGAGCGUAUGUGGCACACGGCGCGCCGGGACGGGUCCACCUCCCAACCCCCGACGCCGGCGAGCCACACGCCCGCGCGCACGGUGCCCCAGCACCAAUCCGCGCAAUCCCGCGCGCACGAUGCUGCAGAUCACCGAAUCCCGGCGUCGCACCGGCUCCACACACCCCGGAUCGAGCGCCUCUUCCACACACGCGCGCGCCCAACCACCACCCCACUCGUGAACUGUGCCCGCCCCCGCCCCGCGCGCCAUGGCCACACCCGUCUGAUGCCACCACCCCUCCCGCCAUGCUGCCCUUCUGCUCCUCCGCCGCGCCCACCCCAUGCUCCCCGCUCUGCCCGGUGACCGCCGGCGCGCGGGCGCUGCGGAGGGUCGAGGCCGGCGCGCUCAGGCCCUUCGCCGCCGACCCGCUCGUCGCGCAGGCGGUGCCUGACCGCCCGCUCUUCUCCGACUCCGCCAUCGUCUCCCCCUACGCCACCGCGCCGGACGACAUCGUGCGGGGGUUCGCCUCCGCCGCCGAGCUGCCCGACCCCCUCUGGCGCGCUGGGGUUGACCCGCCGCUGAUGCCCGUCGACCUGGCCGCGGACGCUGUGGUCGGCGCGGUCACCGACGAUGCCGCGCAGCAGGCCCUGAUGGACGCGGAGAUGCCCACCACGUUCCCGGCCGACGCCACCGGCGUCGAGGAGUCCGUGGCCAGGUUCAUCGACAAGCUCAGCAAGCAGAUAUUCCAGGCGGAGGACGCGCUCACCGAAGGCUACGACAAGCUCAGGCUGUCGGCGUACGACGCUCUCGGGGCCUACAGGAAGGCGAUAAGGGGCGUCGCUGGUGGCAUCACCUCCUCGGUGGCUGCCACCAAGAAGCAGGCCGCCGGUGGGGUCCCGGACGUUCCCGGUGCAUUUGAAGAUAAGGUGGCCGGAGCUGGCGCCGUGGCGGCUGAUGUUCUUAGGAAGGCAAUUGUUGUUGCAGAGGAUUCACUGGGCAGUGCAACCACGUCCCUCGUAUACUACUAUGGCUCGGCCAAGUCGUCGUUGCCACCAAAUGUCAAAGAUUUGCUGAACUCAUCCGAGGAGAAAGCUAGCAUAGUAUUGCGACCAAUUGGAAGUGCCCUUCAACAGGUAUACAUUAUCAUCGAAGGCAUCGGAAAGAAUGUUGGUUUGAACCCAAGUGACCCAAUUGUUCAAUUAGCAGUUUUGCUUGGAGGUUCAACAACAAUAGGGAUAUCUUACUGGCUCUUCGCAUAUGGUGGUUAUUCUGGAGACUUGUCACCUGAAUCGACAUUGGAGUUAUUGAAAAGUGAUGGCAAAGCCGUACUUGUUGAUGUUCGGCCUGAGGACUUGAGGGUGAAAGAUGGAAUUCCUGACCUACGCCGUGCAGCUAGAUCUAAAUAUGCAAGUGUUGCUUCGCCUGAGAUCAAAGGUCCAACAAAGAAGCUACUUAAAGGUGGAAAUGAAGUUGAUGAUGCUUUGGUUGCAGUUGUAAUCCGCAACUUGAAGUUGGUUAAGGGUGAUUCAAAGGUCAUCAUUAUGGAUGCUAAUGGAACCCGAUCAAAGUCCAUUGCUAGGCUACUGAAGAAGCUUGGUGUGCAGCAACCUUACCUGGUUAAAGGUGGUUUCCAAUCUUGGGCAAAGAAUCUUCGUGUGAAAGAACUGAAACCUGAGACUGCAUUGACAGUAAUAAAUGAGGAUGCCGAGGAAAUCCUAGAAGGCAUAAAGCCCACCCCUACACUUGUCUUUGGAUCUCUUCUGGGCCUCUCAGCAGUGACUUAUGCUUUGCUAGAAUGGGAGACGACUUUGCAGUACAUCGGUGUUCUUAGUCUUGGGUUGACAAUCUACCUGCGGUUCUCUACGUACGAGGGUUCGGAGGAUUUUCUGCAAGACCUAAAGCUGUUGCUGUCCCCACUAAGAGUGGGCGCGGAAGCGUUCUCGUGGGCAGCUAAGAAGCUAGAGCCGAACAAGAUUGGCCUGGCGACGUCCCCCUCCACGACGGCGGUGCAGGACCGAGUUCUCAAAGCGGCAGCGAAGCACGAAUCGAAGCCGUCUGAUGCGGAGGAGUCCACCAAGACAGACAGUUUUGCCUCCGAAGCAUGAGAAGCUCCCUGUGAGCGUGUGAACUGGAUCCGUAGCCACUUCGCCGUCAGUCUGGUGAAUUGAUGUUUUUGAUGUUAGUAAUGGUACCAUGAGCCGCCGUGACGACGACCGGCAUUGUAAAUUUAUAAGCAGCAGUUUAUAUUACACUUGUUAGCAGAAGUCUUCAGUCAUUGGUCCA